UUUCAGUCAAUAAAGAAGAAGACGUGAUGUUUUCAUGCCGUAAGUUGUCGGCAGGAGUCGUUCAGAGAAGAUGGCGGGGUUGCUGAAAAAGACUACUGGCCUCGUUGGCCUGGCAGUGGCCCAGAAUCCACAUGAGCGUCUCAGGAUCCUCUACUCAAAGAUCCUGGCCUCUCUGCAGACCAUGCCGAAGGACGCCGCUUACAGGAAGUACACAGAGCAGCUGAUCAGUGAGAGGUUCGGCCACGUGAAGGCGGAGCCCGACGUGGAGAAGCUGGAGAAAAAGAUCAACGGUGGACAGAUUGAAGAAGUCAUCUUCCAGGCCGAGUGCGAGCUGGCUCUGUCCAGGAAAAUGUCUGAGUGGAAACCAUGGGAGCCCCUGGUGGAGGAGCCCCCACCCAACCAGUGGAAGUGGCCCAUUUGAAAACCCAGCAUGAACUCUGUAACCAUGCAAAAACUAAAAUAAAGAGCUGUCCUUCAAACAUGUCA